AUGGCACUGCAGCGUUCUCCAAAGUUCCGGCUGAGAUUCAAGCAGCCUUGCCCUCCUAGAAAGGACAAGUGCCAAAGCCGUGAACACAUUGCUCGCAAAGCUGCAGUUUCUGAAGGCCUUGUGCCAAAGGCCCGCCGACCAUUUGCCUUAUUCCUCAAGGAGAAAAGCAUUCUCAAGCCAGGGUCGUCCCGGUUGCAGUACCAAAAGGAGAUGAAGAAGCUGGGCCGUGCUUGGAAAGCUUUAUUGCCUGCAGAGAAGCAGCAAUACAAACUGAAAUGCCAGGAAGAAUUUCUUCAGCAAAGGGCUGCCAUGAAAGCUCAAGGCUUACCCCUUCGAAAAGAGGCGCGCGGUGAACCAGAGCAGCGAAAAUCCGCGCCGCCCCAGCAGCUCCAGCAACGCACCAAGAACAGAGCAAAGCAGCUCAUCUCAAAGAUUGACGAUUUCGAGGUUCUUCCAGACAGGGAACCUCUUGGGGAAGGCUCCUAUGGUACUGUUCUUGCAAGCAUGGGUCCACAUGGUAGCAUGUGCGCGGUGAAGGUGUACAAGUGCAGCAAAAGCAUGGUGGACUUCAAGCAGGAGCUGCUGGUGCUGAAUUUGAUCAGAGACAGGCUUGAGCCUGUGAAGCAGCUUCUCUUUCCUGUCUUUCUGAAAGCUGACGAAAGCAAGAAACCUUUCCCAUUUGUUGCGUUAGAAUUUGGAGGACCAUCUUUGCUGCAAGUCCUGCAAGAAAGUGGAGCCCUGGAUGAACAAAGCAUGCUGUGCUUGUCUUCUCAAGUGAAGGCUGCUUUGCAAGCCCUUCAUGGCCUGGGCGUGCUGCACCUGGAUGUCAAGCCUGCCAAUAUCUUGUGGUCUACACAGACCUUCAGGAUGAAGCUUGCGGAUUUUGGCAUGUCUGAGAUGAUGGAAAGCGUUCAAGCUGCUCAAUUGCGUUACUCUGAAUAUGUCACGGCACUUUAUCGCCCUCCAGAACUAUGGCAUGCUUCCCGCAAGGAAAUUUGCAAGCACCUGAAACCCAGCGUCGACAUUUGGUCCUAUGGAUGCGUUCUCUUUGAGUGUGUGACCGGUCGCUGCCUGAUGCGGCCCUGUCCUGCUGCCCAAGCUGGUGAUGCUUCUUCGAUGGUGAGAUUGUGGUGCCCAACUGCCAUCGACAAGCUCAUUGCAUUUGGACAGCGCUAUGCUGGGACGUGUGACCGAAUGUGGCCGUCUUCAACCUCAAGGCAUCUUUUGGGGCAUAUAGCUGGGCAUGAGCAUAUGAUUCGUACUCCCGAUGGCGAUACCUAUAUAGAAGUCCUUGAUCAAUCGAAUCCUGAUCUCGUGGGUUUCUAUGUGGGGCCGGAUGAUGGGUCACUACCUUUGGGGGUUGCAGCAGCUUCAGUGUAUGGGUUCCGGCAGAUGACUCUCGCACAAUACCAGCAGAUCUUGGCCGAUGGCCGCAUUGAGGUUUUAGCUGAACAGAACCGAAGGGGUAUUGUCCCUCCAGCUCCAGCCGUUUUGGGGCAACAUGUGUGGGUCCUCGCAGAAAGUGUUCCUGGUCAUCCUAUUGGGGAGCAAGUUGUGCCACCUGUUGGGCAUGCACGUGAAGGAGAUUAUGGGCUGAUGGUUUUUGCUGACAAUGAAGGUAAUAGUAGACCUGUUUUGAUUAGGCAAUUGGCGAUCGAGAACAUUCCAGCUUUUUGCGAAGAGCGGAUUGGUUUGGCACGGAGUUCUGAAGCAUUGGAGGGAAGUGACAAGUUUGCAUCAGAAGAUGUUCGUACUUUAGAAGUCAGAUAUGCAGCUUCUGGUGAGAGACAGCGCAAUUUCAAGGAGACCAUUGCGGAGAUGGUACAGGCUGAUUUUGAUGAUUUCCCCCUAGAGCCUAGGACGUCACUGUCCUAUUUGAGGGCAGUCUCCAGUGUGGCGGAGUCAGCUUUUGGCCAGCACCUGGGAUGGGUCUCCCAGUCCAAGAUUCCUGAUGGUGACAGGGCCAUCCAUGAGAAUGAGGUCUUGUCUAGGGCUUUGGACUUGGCGAUCACCUAUGAUUCCCUUAAUGUUUCAAACCUGGCUAGUUUCGAGUUGCUGAUUCGGAGAAAGCAACUGUUAGCUGAAGCUCAUGCUUACAAUCCAUCGGCACCAUCAUAUGAAGGAGCAGAUCAUUUCUUGGGUACAUCGUAUAGACCCGGUGGAGCGAUCGUCGUCCCAGAGCUCACAGAACAUGUCUCACGCAAGCUGCAUCAGGAGUCACAGAUCUUAAAGGAGAAACGCAAGCAGGCUGAGAUGAAGGGCAAAGGCCCUGGGCGCGGUGGCAAACCAAGUGGCCCUCAAGCCAAGGCCAAACCAGGCCACGGUGAUGUGGCGUCAGUGCAGGGUGACGUGUGUCGGGCGGUGCGAAGACGGAUCCUCCGUAAGUCCGCUGUUGUUAAGAUGGUGAACCGGGCCAUUUUUUCUCUGAAUUCGCUUUACAUGGGGAGGCAUUGGGAUGAAGGGAGAUGCAUUGCAAAGCUAGCAGAGCUUCCUUUGUCUCAGCAAGAGUGCAUUCGCGAUCUGAUCCGGAGAGUUGAUGCAUUUGGACCUAUGCCUUCUGGUGCAAGUCGCCGAGGAGCCCUUGAGGCGCUCCGGGCACCAUGCAAUGGGUAUUCCGAACCCAUUGCAGGAGUGGGAGAGGUGGCUAACAUGAAUUUGGAGCUACUAUCACUCCCUUCUGGUAGGGUCGCUGGUGUCAAUCUUUCAUCUGCCUUGGAACAACCCCUUAAGGAUAUGGUUGAUAGUUUCGAGGAUUGGAUGUUGCAAGAUGCAUCAACGUGGAGUUCUAUUUGCGAGCAUGCUCAUAAGAUCAAGCCUUACAAUGACCCAUCGCUGUCGGAUAGAAGCAAAUACCUUUCUUUCCUUGCUCAUUUGAAUGAAUGUGGCAUCUUGAGUCACACCACAUCGUGUAGGGGCAGGGUUGGUGCUUUUUGUGUUACCAAAAAACCAAAAGAGGUCAAUGGGAAGUUUGUAGAAAGACAGAGGCUCAUACUGGACUGCAGGCAGGUCAACCUUGCUUUUAGAGAACCGCCCAAAUGUGAGCUCGGCAGUUUAGCUGCAUUGUGCGAGGUGGAGCUGAAGGAUGGUGAGAGACUUUUCUGCGGUGGGUCGGAUAUUCAGGACUGCUUUUAUGCUGCUAAGAUUUCCGCAGAGCUCUCCAAUUUCUUUUGUCUUUGCCAUGAUCUCUCUCCAGAUGAAGCACGUUUUGUUUGGGGUGAUGAUUUUCCUUUCCCUUCGAACCGCUCUUCGGUGUCUCCAUGUAUCAAUGUGCUACCUAUGGGUUUUAGCUGGAGUUUUUUCCUCAUCCAAAAGUUGCACGAGCAGUCUGCAUUGAGAUCUUUGGGGGUGGGUCGUGAUCGUCUUAUUUUGGAUGGCUAUCCAGCACCAGUUUUGAGCCGUGAUGAUGCAGUUGCAAUGCCUUAUUGCGACAAUGUGCACAGCUUGUCUCUGUCCAGGACUGCAGCUGAUGAUAGCCUUCAGCGAAUGGAGGACGAUUUAGAAGGGAUUGGUUUUUCGUUGCAUGAGCAGGUUUCAUCCACGGAUUUCUUUCAAACUUUGGGUGGAAUAGUAGAUGGUGGCACUGGUCAGAUUCGUGCUACUCCAACUAGGGCAUGGAACAUCCUACUUGGCUUUGAGGAGGCCUUGGUUAGCAAAGUUAACUGGCAGUUUAUGCAAAAGCUUUUGGGGCACGCUAUGACAUUGUGUGUUCUUAACAGGGCUGGCAUGUCAGUUUUUAGGGCUCUCUACGAUUUUGUGGAGCGAGCUGAGCAACCACGGUUUUUGAAUAAGCUGGAGAGACGGGAAGUGAAAAUAUUUAUUGGGCUAGUUCCUUUGUUGGUUGGAGAGCUUCGUCGCACUUGGUCAUCCACUAUCCAUUGCUCUGAUGCCAGUCCAGAAGGGUAUGGCAUUUGCAAGAGAGAGCUUCCUGAAUCAGAUGUCCGUGAAUUGGGAUCUUGGCAGGAUCGAUGGCGCUUCAAGCAUUUGGAUCCUGCAGAAUGGCGCCCAAGGCAGCGCUAUGCAGGACAGGAUGUGUUGGGGGAUCUACGCACUGCACGCAGUUUUCCUAUUAGUAGCACUGUUGAGGAUUUAUAUUCUUACAACAACAACUUCCCUGAAGUCCCCGAAGAGUACACUAAACCUGAAGACUGGUCGACUGUGCUCAUGGGUCGUUGGCGUAACACUAAAGAGCAUAUCACUGCAAAGGAGGGUCAUUCACUGGUUUUGGUAGCUAGGUGGCCGCGCUUAGCCUGGCAGGUGGUUUUACCCUGCGCACUAGAUGGGUUCCCUCUGAACACAAUGUGGCGGACGGGCCAUCAAGGGGUCAGAUCCAGCCGGGUCCUUACUCCAAGCAGUUCAUCCAAGGGUCGCGCCUCCGCACCGAAGCCGAAGCGUGUGCUGAGAGGGGAGAGACUGGCGAAGAGUUCCCCGGUCAAAGCUCGAUCCUUGCAGAACCCAGCUGUUGUGGAGAACAAGAAGGAGCCCUCGUUGAAAAGGACCCUGAAUGGCACCACAGCCAAGAACAUGCAACCAAUGAAGAGACGGAGGAGGAGCCUGCAGGCAGUGGAUGGGCUGACUCAAGAGGCCAACGACUUAGCAGCUCGCAGCGGACUCAGCCGACUGGAGAGAAGGUCGGUUUCAAAGGUGGUAGAGAAUCAGUACGCCAUCCAUUACGAGAGGUUCAGAGCCUUUUGCCGGGAUUCCGGAGUGGAACAACCAGCAGACUGUCAGUUGGACUCAUUGCUGACAGACUUUCUGGAUCACAUCUUUUUGGAAGGGCGUCAUGUAGCAGACGGAGAAAAAACUAUGGCAAGUGUAGAGUACCAUCACCACAAAGUGAGAGGAAACCUCCUUCGCACUCGAAGGGCUCUGAGAGGCUGGCGCAAGGAAGCGCCUCCCCAGAGUCGAGUUCCCAUGCCCAUGUUGCUGGCGUAUGGUCUUGCCAUGGCCUUAAUGAGUCGCAGCCAAAAAGAAAUGGCAGUGAAAGUCAUCCUGGACUUCGACACAUAUAUGCGUCCGGGAGAGAGCAUCGACCUGAAGAACAAGCACUUGGUCAGGCCGGUGAAGGGAGCCGGUCCCCAGUUUCGAUGGCAUUCCAUCAUUGUGAGAGACUUCGACGAGAAACAGCCCGACAAAGUGGGGGUUUUCGACAACACCAUAGCUCUGAAUUCAGCCGACAGAAUCUGGAUAGGAGAUGUGAUUUCAACCAUGAUGAAGGGCAAGGACAAGGAGGCGAAGAUCUUCAGUUUUUCCAUGGAGGAGUUUCGCAAACAGUUUGGAGAAGUGUCAAAGAUUCUAGGGAUUCCCGGUCUCCACCCUUACCAACUCAGACAUGGAGGGGCAGCUCACGACCUGGCCAGCAAAGCCAGGGACCACGCCCAGGUCAAGGCCAGGGGCAGAUGGAGCACAGACCAGAGUGUGAGGCGUUACACCAAGACUGGAAAGAUUCAGACUCUUCUAGGAGUCGAUGCUGAUGGCCUCUUCAUGACUCUGAAGGCGCAACCAUAUCCUUGGGCUAUGUGCAGUCAGCUAGCUAAAUGUGUGGCCAAGGCCCUGAGGGAUCAGGGGUUGGGGCAUGAGUCCUUUGGCAAGCAACAUAGCAGCAGCUAUUCUGGCCACUUGGAAAAGGAUGCUUGGGAGAGUGCUGAGGACAUUCGUUCUGCUUGCAGGUUUUUGUCCGGGGCCUUCGAACCAGGUGACCGAAUGCCAUUACCCAGCUCAAACGAGCAUGAGUCCUUUGGCAAGCAACAUAGCAGCAGCUAUUCUGGCCACUUGGAAAAGGAUGCUUGGGAGAUCGCGGAAGGGGUUGCUUCAGCGUGCCAUAAAAUGGUGGACACACGCAAUGCGGUGUUGAAACUCUUCGGUCGCCGUCGGUCUCCAGGGGAGGCACAAUGA